UUGCCUGUGGACGCUUCAUAAGUUUGUCAAUUGUAACGAUUCGACCUGACUAAAGUAGUGUGGAAAAGCUUUAGAAACACACAGAGAUCUCAGCAAAACGGAACGCCGAAAAAACCAUCUGGCAACCCAAUUUUACGUUAGAUAGUCUCCCUGCAGUGCAAUAUCGGUCUCGCGCUGCCAGGGUAUUCAGUUUUCUGUGGCAUUAGCAAGCAAGCUAAAUGCCGAAAUGAUAACGCAACGUCAUUUGAAGAAAAUUACUUUCAUCACAUUUGAGGAUUAAGCCUUAAAUACUGUCUUUCAACUGGGUAUAAGCGUAGAAUACGAAGACGUUUAAAAAUUGAGUCGUUUUGAAGUUAGUUAGCGUUAAAGCUAGCGCGUUAGCUAGCAAACCUAUUUUCUUAGAGCUGGAUUUUUUUCAGGUAACGUUGGCUACGGAAGUGUUGAUGACAAAGCAAGGAGCCUAAGGUGGCGAGAGAGCUCAUGAUGAAUCGGUUCCGAAAGUGGCUGUACAAGCCCAAGAGGUCCGACCCACAGCUCUUGGCUCAGUUUUAUUAUGCUGAUGAGGAGCUGAACCAGGUGGCCUCAGAGCUAGACAGUUUGGAUGGCAGGAAGGAUCCACAGAGAUGCACCCUACUAGUCAACCAGUUCCGCUCCUGCCAGGACAAUGUAUUGAAUAUUAUAAACCAGAUCAUGGAUGAAUGUAUCCCCGGUGACAGAGCAAACAGGGACUUCUGUGUGAAAUUCCCAGAGGAGAUACGUCAUGACAACCUAGCAGGGCAACUCUGGUUUGGGGCAGAGUGUUUAGCAGCAGGAUCCAUCAUCAUGAACCGUGAGAUUGAAAGCAUGGCAAUGAGACCCCUGGCCAAAGACCUGACACGGAGUCUGGAAGAGGUGCGCAACAUCACACGUGACCAAGCUCUACGAGACCUCAACUUUUACACAGACCGCAUGAAGGAGGCAUUGCGCCAGUUUGACAGCCUUUUUGCAGAGUUUGAGCUUUGUUACGUAUCAGCCAUGGUGCCUGUGAAAUCCCCAAAAGAGUAUUAUGUACAGCAGGAAGUGAUUGUACUGUUCUGUGAGACAGUAGAGAGAGCUCUCAAACUUGGCUAUCUCACACAAGAUAUGAUUGAUGACUAUGAACCUGCUCUCAUGUUUACAAUACCCAGGCUAGCCAUUGUAUGUGGUCUGGUUGUCUAUUCUGAAGGCCCUCUUGACCUGGACCGCAAACCAGAGGACAUGUCUGAGCUUUUUCGACCCUUUCGCACUUUACUGAGGAAGAUCAGAGACCUGCUGCAGACUCUCACUGAAGAAGAGCUGAUGACCCUGGAACGAAGUCUCUGCAUUUCUCAAGAUGGAGAGUUUCCUGUGGGGCACAGUCUGCCUACAGCUCCUGACCCAUCCACUUCCGACACUGCAGAAAGUAAACCAGAAGAGUCAUGUGACGUGAUGGAGAGUGGGGAGGAAGAGGAGGCAGUGGUGGACUUGACUGUAUGUGCUGCUCAGCCUGAGGACCAAGGAAAGCGGAACGAGGAGAAGGAGUUGGAGCCUGUUCAGGAACCUCAGCAUGAGGCAGAGGAGGGUACUGAGACAGAUUUGGCCUGCUCUAUGCAAUACGAUGAAGAGGAGAUCGAGCAGCUGAAUAUGAUGGUGCAUCGUGUGGGUGACCAGAUGUCUACACUGCUCUCCCCUCCCAGUCAGAGACAGUCUCCAGCUCACCAAUCUCAGCCCUACUAUGAGGGAUCUAGUGGGAGCUCCAGCACUGAGGCCUCUCCUCGCCGAGCACCUCACCGGUACCAGGAGGAAGAAGACAGAGUGUUCUUCAUGGAAGACCUAGAAGCAGGAGUAGUUGUAGGAGAAUUACUAAGCAGUGCGCAGAACAUCUGUCAAGGCACCUCCUCCCAACAGCAAAACCCUCCCCUCAUAGACCCUGUACACACAGAACCUUCCCAUUCAGCUGUAACGUCUUGUAAUGGUUGGCUAAGUGCCUGCCAGUCAGAAGAGCUAGCUAAUCAGGACUGCCACACACAUUCUUCCUCCUCUAAGCCCACAGGAGCCCCUGAGCCAUUAUCACAUGUCAAUGGGUGGGGUACCACGCGUGAGGAAGUAGGAGCAGAGACUGCAGAAGUCAUCGCGCAUCGUAUGGGAGGGAUGAAACUCUCAGCAACAGUAAUAUUCAACCCGCGGUCUCCCAGCCUAUCAGAGCUUUCAGUGGUCUUGCCUCGCUCUUCAGAUGGUUCAGAGGGCAGGGCAGAGGACGGAGCCUUGGUAGCAACACGCUGCCUGCUUAACUCAUGUGUUUGCUGUGCUGGGGGUUGUGAUGACAACCACGAUGAUGCGGCUUCUAUGGAGACCACCGGUAUUGCAGGCCGAGGUUUGCCACUGGGAUUCGACCAACCCAAAACUCACCUUACGGUCACUAGCUCUGUCAUCCAAAGUGCAGUAGGGAACAGCAAUGCAGGAAAGGGAGAUGCACCCUUGCCCCUGCCCCUACCCCCUCCCAAGGCCCACCUCACACCCUUGUCUCAAGACUGUGCAAAUGAGGGCAUGGUGAAGGAGGAGAGAGAGAUGGAGUUUCUCUCCCAGGCUCCUUGCCUAGCGAGCAACUCAGGGCUCCUGUCAUCCCAGGAUGGGGAUUCCAGAAGAGGGGCUCUAGAAUCCUGUUGUAAUCCUCAGACCAAGGCUGGCAGGAAGUCACAGGAGAGACAAGGAGGGGUGGAAAAGCACACCAAGGAAGAGAGUAAAAAGAGCUCCAGUUCUCAGGAGUCACCUCUCAGUUCAGUCACAAGCAGUGACUGUGAGUGUGUGUCUGUGACAUCAUGCAGUCUUUCAAGUACAUAUACAACCAGCCCUGUUAGUAGUCUGACCACCAGCUCAGACACAUCUGAAGAUCUGGACCAUCAGGAGAUUCAGCUGGCCCUGCAGGCUGCCAAGAUGGCUGCUCACAAGAAAAUCCGCUCGCGUUUCCACAGUAGCAGUGACCUCAUCCACCGCCUUUUUGUUUGCAUAUCAGGUGUGGCUGAUCAACUACAAACAAACUACGCAAGUGACUUAAGGAGCAUCCUCAAGACACUUUUUGAAGUCAUGGCAACAAAAUCUGAGCAGGGAGACAAUGAAAAACAGAAAAAAGGUACUCCAGGGCUGGGUAGUGCUGUGUUGGAGGACUGUGCUCUCUGUCAGGAGACGAUCUCUUCAUCUGAGCUAGCAGCUAAAGCACGUGAGGGACAGUUUGAAGAUCCACCAGAGUGGGUGCCAGACGAAGCCUGUAAUUCCUGCAUAGCCUGUAAGGCACCAUUCACUGUCAUCCGUAGAAAACACCACUGUCGGAGUUGUGGAAAGAUUUUUUGUUCUCGCUGUUCGUCGCACUCUGCUCCGCUGCCAAGAUACGGUCAGGUGAAGCCCGUGAGAGUGUGCACACACUGCUACAUGUUUCAUGUCACACCUUUCUACAGUGACAGGACUGGUAUCUGACCACUGCUAAAAACUCCCAAUCUUUAACCAACCCAAGGGCUGGUAUGUCACAUGCACAAACUCAACAAAAUUUUUUUCAUUCACACAUACUCACAUAUUUCACACUAUCAAAUCCUCACACAAUCAUACAAAACCCCUGUUCAGUAAGACACUGAAGAAUAUCAGACUUAGUAGCAAGUCAGAUAAUUAUCAAAUUAAGCACAAUAAUUAAACCCUUUUAUUGUGAUGGUUGUAUAUAUGGAACCAAAGUAUUGUAGUAAUCUCUGGUUUACUCUCUAAAUCAGGAUAACAGGUCUGGGCCUUGUUUCCCGAUAAAAGUCACUCUAUUUAAGUCUGUUCAAGAAGUGAUGAUGAGUUUGAUGAAUAGGAAUAGGUAAGUUAAACACCAAGUUGUGAUUACAAUACAAUAUGCAAGCUACUUUACUCACAGUUAUUCAACAACCAAAAAACAUUCAAUUGUAAGUGUCUAUAUCACAGGGAGGUAAGCUACCCACCAUAAAAUAGGUCUACCUUACAUAUUACCUUCUUGGUUGGUUGGUUUCAGCAAAUCAAGAAUUUGCAUGUGACAAAGCAAUUACAGCAUUGUGUGGAACAGAUGAAUAGAUGAACUGAUAGACCACUUGUAAAAACAUGACAAAUAAUUAAUUGUGUAAAUUCCCAAAUGUAAUUUAGCAUACAUUUUGUAAACAAGAGAUGCAAUAUUGGAAAAGCUGCUUAUGAUAAUGUCUUUUUUUUUGGGAUGUUCAAGGCAGAUGUUGCUUUUAAAUGCAAAUGAAUAACUUACCUCACAGCACCAUAGGCUGCUUUGUCAGUGUAAGCACAGACCUUGACUCAAAUUUGUGACUCUGCUGUUUCAGCUAGAAAUUGAACAUACAGAAUGCACGCUUCUAUGUGCUUGACUGAUAAAACCCAUUUCAUGUACC